AUCCAAUAUUUAUCCCUUCGUAGUUUUCAACACAUUUCACAUCCUUCUCUCUCUCUUGAAACGUUUUAGUUUCAAAACGAACACAUCAAAAGAACUAAAAAAGCCCUAGAAACAGGACAAUCUUUUGAUCUCUUACUCGUUUUCUGAUUACCUAAUUUAUUACUUGUUACUAAUCAUUUAUCAAGCAAGAUGAUUAAUUUUGAGGCAACGGAGCUGAGGUUAGGGCUGCCGGGUGAGAAUCACGGAGGAGGCAUGGCUGCGAAAAACAACGGCAAAAGAGGAUUCUCUGAGACCGUUGAUCUCAAAUUGAAUCUUUCUUCUACGGCUAUGGAUUCAGUUUCUGAACUUGAUUUAGUGAAUAUGAAGGAGAAGGUCGUGAAACCACCGGCCAAGGCACAAGUUGUGGGAUGGCCACCGGUACGAUCUUUCCGGAAAAACGUCAUGUCAGGCCCAAAGCCAACCACCGGAGAUGCCUUCCAAGCAACGGAAAAUACUUCCAGCAGCAACGGAGCCACCUCCUCUGCCUCCAUUGGUGCUACCGCAGCUUACGUGAAGAUUAGCAUGGACGGUGCACCGUACCUAAGAAAAAUUGAUUUGAAACUCUACAAAGCUUACCAAGAUCUCUCCGAUACAUUAAGCAAAAUGUUCAGCUCUUUUACCAUAGGCAGCUAUGGACCGCAAGGAAUGAAAGAUAUUGUGAAUGAGGGUAAAUUGAUCGAUCUUUUGAACGGAUCAGAUUAUGUUCCAACUUAUGAAGAUAAAGAUGGAGACUGGAUGCUUCUAGGAGACGUACCGUGGGAGAUGUUUGUUGAUUCAUCAUGCAAACGCAUAAGAAUUAUGAAGGGAUCAGAAGCAAUCGGACUUGCUCCAAGGGCUUUAGAAAAGUGCAAGAACAGAAGAUGAGAGCGCUUGGUGACAUUUUUAAGAUUGUCCAAAAAAGGAAGAAGGACCGGUUUGAUCCGGUUGGAUGUCUGAAACCGAAAAUCCAAACCGGCUCGAACCUACAGUUCUGAGCAGGGAGUUUGCGUAUAGUUAUCAUAAAUAAUAUUUUUGGGUAUUCGAAUAAAUAAUAAAUUGUUGUGAUGUAUCACAUGCUAUAAAUUAAACCGUUUUUGUUACAUGCAUUAUGUUAUGUACAUAUAUAAAUGUGUUUUUUAUUAGGUUGCAUCUAUGUUUUGAACAACUUUUUUUGUUUUUACGCAUUUGUAUUUGUCUAUAUGGUAAAUAUCCGUUAAGACAUCUUGAUGUGUUACUUUGACGUGACAAAUUA